AUGAAAAUCAAUAUUGAAGCUUCCUUAACGUCUUCGGGAUUAGCUGGGAUUGGAGGUGUUUUUCGAGAUUGUAAUGGUAGAUUCAUUCUUGCAUUUGGGAAGAAGAAGAUGCAUUGGGAUAUUGCAAAGCUGGAAAUGGGAGCUAUUCUCUCGGUCAAGGACUACGUCAAAAGCUGGAUGAGAGACUAUAAAGGGGUGAUAUUGGAAAGUGAUAACAUGAAUGUUAUCAACUACAUUCAAAAAUCUUUGAAGCAGAAUAAAGGUACCGUGAUCUUCAAAUUAGUAAGUGAUUCUUUAUUUGUGAAUGAUUUCAAUAAAGUUGUCUUUGUACAUGCUUAUAGAGAUUGUAAUAAGGUAGCCAACUUGUGUGCUACUAUGGCUUUAGAUGACAGUUUUUACUUUGACAGUUUUUCUUUUAAUGAUAUCCCUCCCUUGAUGGCUAAUUUAAUCAAGGAAGAAUAUCAUCCUAUUCAAGAUUGUAACUAG